UACAAAUGUAGAAGAGAUGUUUUCUACAAAAUUGGAAAUCGCCAUGUGAAAUCAAGGCGGACGGAAAGUCAAGCUUGCAGUCACCACACGAGUCUUGUCUGCUCUCUCACUUUCGCAGUCUUUCUUUGACUGAUUCAACUCAGUUUUCCAUUGACGCGGCUUCUCUGUGCUUUCUUAGCUCUCUCAUUCCACCCCGACCUCCCACUUCCCCUGUGAUAUCAAUUCCUUCGAUCGCCAGUUCGCCACCCUCCUCCGAUCCCACACCAGAAAGACGCAAAGUGCCGCAGAUCUGCCGGUAGGUUUUCUUAUCGUUAAGUCCACGUUUAUGCCAAAACCCAAAGUUUUUUAUCCGGUUCUUGCAGAUGAGAAUAUUUUGAGGUUGAUUUAUGAUGUUGGAGGCUUGCAUACUAGUUGGUACAUACUAGUUGGUAGAGAUAUUGAAUGUCCAGACUGGUCAACAAUUUGAGAGUUAAUCUCAAAUUUGAGCACAAUGCUGAAUUACAGACGUGCCAUCAUGUUUUUAGCAAUUUUUGUCUAUUUUCUUUUGAGCAACAGUCUUUGCUAUUGUCUUCAGAGUGAUAUUGAUUGUCUAAAAUCAGUAAAGUCUACUUUGCAAGAUCCACAAAGCAGCUUGGCUGAUUGGGACUUUAAUAACAACACUGAAGGAUUCAUAUGUAGAUUUACAGGGAUUGAAUGCUGGCAUCCUGAAGAAAGCAAGGUUCUCAACAUCAAACUUUCUGAUAUGAAACUCAAGGGAACGUUUCCAAUUGGUCUGAAGGAUUGUAAAUCUUUGACUGGAUUGGAUCUUUCAAGGAAUCAAAUCAGUGGGUCUAUUCCAUCAAACAUCUCCAAAAUCCUUAUUUUUGUGACCACCCUUGAUCUCUCAUCCAACCAAUUAUCAGGACAGAUACCUGAAGACCUUGCAAGAUGCUCCUUCCUGAAUGCUAUUAAACUUGAAAACAACCAGUUAUCUGGUCAAAUACCUCCUGAACUCGGUCAGCUUGGUCGAAUAACCACAUUUAGUGUGGAAAAUAACCGUUUGAGCGGACCUGUCCCGAGCUUUGGAAACAAAACCACACUAAGCUAUAACAAUAAUGUAGGACUAUGUGGGGCCCCAUUUUUGCUUCAGUGCAAGGUUGUGUCAAAGAAAGCAAACUCUGGAUUGAUUGCUGGUGCGGCUGCUGCUGGGGUUUCUGUUGGAAUUUUAUCCUUGGCUAUUGCGAUGUACUUCUACUUCCGUAGGACAUAUAGGAAAAAGGAAGAAGAUCCCGAUGGUAAUAGUUGGGCAAGGAGUAUUAAAGGCGCCAAAUCCAUCGAGCUUUCCAUGUUCGAGAAGUCUGUUUCAAAAAUGAGAUUAAGUGAUCUCAUGCAGGGCACUGACAACUUCAACAAAACCAACAUUAUUGGGUCUGGAAGAACUGGGACUCUUUACAAGGCAGUUGUUGCAGAUGGCACAUCUUUCAUGGUUAAGAGAUUACAAAACACUCAGCACUCUGAAAAAGAAUUUGCAUCUGAAAUGGCAACACUGGGAUCGGUUAAAAAUCGCAACUUGGUCCCUCUUUUCGGAUUCUGCAUAGCAAAGCAGGAAAGGCUGUUGGUCUACAAGUACAUGCCCAACGGAACUCUGCACAGCAAGUUGCAUGAUCUCAAUGAUGGAGAAAAACCGUUGGAUUGGACUUUGAGAUUGAAAAUUGCGAUUGGGGCGGCAAAAGGGUUCGCUUGGCUCCACCACAACUGCAACCCGCGGAUCCUCCACAGAAACAUAAGUUCCAAAUGCAUCUUAUUGGACGAAGAUCUUGAACCCAAGAUAUCUGAUUUCGGGCUCGCCCGGCUCAUGAACCCGAUUGACACCCAUUUGAGCACCUUUGUAAAUGGCGAGUUCGGGGACUUUGGCUACGUCGCUCCUGAAUACUUUAGAACUUUGGUCGCCACUCCGAAAGGAGACGUUUACAGCUUUGGAGUUGUGCUGCUUGAGUUGGUUACUGGAGAGGAGGCCGCGUUUGUGAGCAAAGCCCCUGAGAGCUUCAAGGGCAGCUUGGUAGAAUGGAUUACCAUUCUCUCCAGCGAAUCUAGACUUCAAGAUUCAAUCGACGAGUCUUUGUUGGGGAAGGGGUGUGAUGAUGAGGUUGUCCAGGUUCUUAAGGUUGCUUCUCGCUGUGUUCUACCUGACGUUCCCAAGCAGCGGCCGUCGAUGUUUGAAGUAUACCAAUUUCUGAGAGCCAUCGGGGAGCCUUACAAUUUCACAACAGAUGACGGUGACAUCUUCUUGCCCCAGGAGACUGACGAUGGGUUUCGCUUGGAUGAACUUAUCGUUGCUCGAGAGAGGUGAAAAAAGGUAUGCGAGACUGUUGGUUUUAGUGGAUGGGAUAUAGAUUAUAUGAUUUGUAGUUACGUGUUAUAGAUCAUCAUGAAAUAAUAAAUAGUCUUCUUAGAUUACAAACAAUAAUAAUUGUCUAUAAGUUUUGUUUGUCACUGCACUAUAGGGUACUAUGCUAAUGUAUUCAGCUUAUGAUUUCUUGUAUUGUAGAUUGAAUUCCUCAGUUAGAAGGAUUAAUUCCAAUCACCAUUUUUGUCAAA